AUGGAGCCCAACAGUCCCAAAAAGAUACAAUUUGCUGUGCCUUUAUUCCAGAGUCAGAUUGCACCUGAAGCAGCUGAACAGCUGGGCCUUUGUUGUUCACAGAUCAGGAAAAGAAGACCUACACCAGCAUCACUUGUGAUUCUCAAUGAACAUAACCCCCCAGAAAUAGAUGACAAGAGAGUGACCAACACACAAGCAGAAUCACAGAAUGCAUCCCCUAAGCAAAGGAAGCAGAGCGUGUACACACCACCUGCCAUGAAAGGGGUUAAGCAUAUGAAAGGCCAGAAUGAAUCAGCAUUCCCUGAAGAAGAAGAAGGCGUGAACGAGAGAGAAGAGCAGUGGGACCAUUAA